AUGUCGUCGGUGGCUAAGAUUGGCACUCGUGUGAGGAAGAAACCGGUUAUCAAGAUAAUUUACAACCCCUUGUAUAAAGCAGUCGUUAAGGCACAAAUGGCGACAGCAGCACCACCUUUGGGACCUAAUUUGGGUAAAAGGGGCGUAAAUGUCGCUAAUUUUUGCAAAGAUUUCAAUCGAGCAACAAGUCAUAUUAAACCUGGUGUCCCGUUGCCGGUGCGAAUCACUAUAAAACCAGAUCGAACAUAUGACAUGGAAAUUUGUUCACCUACUUCAAUGUGGUUGCUAAUGCACGCGGCAGGAAUAAGGCGUGGAGCGACACGUCCACACGAAGAAGUUUCCGGAAUGAUUACAGUGAAGCAUAUUUAUGAGAUAGCGAAAAUAAAAAGUAACGACAAGGCCUUAGUUGGUGUUCCGCUAAAGCUAAUAUGUGAGCAACUUAUCAAAACGGCGCGUACGAUUGGACUAAAAGUUUUCCGAGAAGAUCUUGAUCCGGUAAAAUAUCGUGAAUUUCUGGAGAGGCGGAAGCAAGUAGUUGAUGCAGAAUUGAAGGCAAUUGAGGACGAAAAAGCAGCUAAGAUACUGAGGACGGUCCCUACAAAUUCGUAA